ACCAGUGCUCUCUACCCCGUAAAACAAACACACACACACACACUGAACUGUAACUCACAACCCCUCCAUCCCUUCCCCCUCGUUUAACUUCUACACCUCUUUGUGUGUCUGUGUGUGUGUCACCCGUGUGUGCGUGUGUGCGUAAGUAAGCAUUUGUGCACACGCGCAGUGUGCUUGCGAGUUCACAUGCUCACCAGCCACCCUCCAUUGACUAAUUGCCAAGAUCAACCCAUAUGAGUACACUCCAUUCACUUCCAGUGUUGUUAAUAUUCUGUGGCUACAGAUCUCCAAGCUGUUCCUGCAUGUGUUUAGAGCAGGAUAGUGCCUGCUGUGUCGGAGUCUGGCGUAGUGGUUAGCCCACCAGACUCCGGACCACAUAUACACCCGGCGACAUGGGUACGAAUCCCGUCUAAGCCCUUUAUCUCUGUUUCCCUCUGUAUCUGUCUACCCCUCUACAUUCCAACUUUCACUGUCUGUAAAACAAUAAAAUGCCCCCCAAAAUAUAUAUUUUUAAAGAAUAGUGUCUGUUAGACUGGGUAGUGGAAAAUAUGUAGAACUACUGUAAACUAUGACCUCUCCCAAAGACUACUGGAUAUUGGCCUCAAUCCAAAACACAUUAGACUCCGAAUCUGCUCCAGCUGCUCAGACAUGUGACCUAAAAAGAGCACAGGCUGAAUUCAAAUUGAUUCAAUCCGAUCCGAUGCUUUUUGCCGAGUUGUUAUUAAGAUUUUGAAAGAUUCCACCUGGUCCCAUAACUCUCAGUUGAACUCCCCUGUGGUAGAGAAAAUGUUCUGUCUGGAAAGGCUGAUACAUUUGAAUGGAACUAGACUUCAAAUAUACAGUCAGGUCCAUAAUUAUUGGCACCCUUGAUAAAGAUUAGCAAAAAUCUUUGUUAAAUAACAUUAAAAUGUGGCACUUAAUUCAUUGGUCAUAUGGCAAAUACUGCUAUUUGCCGUGACCAUAAAUAAUACAAUACUGAGCUAUAUUCUAUAUCCCAAUGCCCCAGGGCAGUGAUUGGGGACACUGCCCUGUGUAGGGUGCCGUCUUUCGGAUGGGACGUUAAACGGGUGUCCUGACUCUCUGAGGUCAUUAAAGAUCCCAUUGCACUUAUCGUAAGAGUGGUGUCCUGGCUAAAUUCCCAAUCUGGCCCUCAUACCAUCACGGCCACCUAAUCAUCCCCAGUUUACAACUGGCUCAUUCAUCCCCCUCCUCUCCCAUGUAACUAUUCCCCAGGUUGUUGCUCUAAAUGAGAAAGUGUUCUCAGUCAACUUACCUGGUAAAAUAACGUUUAAAAAAAAUAUUGUACGCUACAAAAUAUAUAUAUAUAUAAUAUCAUUUUAUACUAAUACAAUUGCUCAAAGUAUUUUUUUUCCUCAAAGUUAGGUGUGAAAAUUAUUGGAACCCCUAAAGUUUCUUAUUAAUAAAAACACAUCUAUGUUAACAUUCUACUUUUUUUUUUAUUAAUCUCAGUUUAUGGAACUGUAAAAUGUCCUUCCUUGGCUCCUUGUGUCACUGGGGUAUAAAAAUGAGGUAACAUGCAUGUAAAAUCCCUUUUUCCUUCAUCACCAUGGGAAAAGGCAAAAAACAGAGACAAAUGGUUGUUGACCUUCAUAAAUCAGGCAAUGGGUACAAACAAUUGCUAAAAAACAAAUAUACCACUUACCGUUAUUAUGGCAACAAUUAAGAAGUUUAAAACCACUGGAACUGGGGUAAACUUGCCUGGUAUUGGACGCAUGUUUAUCUUGUCUCCGCGCACAGUGAGGAAUAUGGUUUGGUAUUGGUCUGGUAUAUGGUCUGGUAUUGGACGCAUGUUUAUCUUGUCUCCGCGCACAGUGAGGAAUAUGGUUUGGUAUUGGUCUGGUAUAUGGUCUGGUAUUGGACGCAUGUUUAUCUUGUCUCCGCGCACAGUGAGGAAUAUGGUUUGGUAUUGGUCUGGUAUAUGGUCUGGUAUUGGACGCAUGUUUAUCUUGUCUCCGCGCACAGUGAGGAAUAUGGUUUGGUAUUGGUCUGGUAUAUGGUCUGGUAUUGGACGCAUGUUUAUCUUGUCUCCGCGCACAGUGAGGAAUAUGGUUUGGUAUUGGUCUGGUAUAUGGUCUGGUAUUGGACGCAUGUUUAUCUUGUCUCCGCGCACAGUGAGGAAUAUGGUUUGGUAUUGGUCUGGUAUAUGGUCUGGUAUUGGACGCAUGUUUAUCUUGUCUCCGCGCACAGUGAGGAAUAUGGUUUGGUAUUGGUCUGGUAUAUGGUCUGGUAUUGGACACAUGUUUAUCUUGUCUCCGCGCACAGUGAGGAAUAUGGUUUGGUAUUGGUCUGGUAUAUGGUCUGGUAUUGGACGCAUGUUUAUCUUGUCUCUGCGCACAGUGAGGAAUAUGGUUUGGUAUUGGUCUGGUAUAUGGUCUGGUAUUGGACACAUGUUUAUCUUGUCUCCGCGCACAGUGAGGAAUAUGGUUUGGUAUUGGACACAUGUUUAUCUUGUCUCCGCGCACAGUGAGGAAUAUGGUUUGCGAGGCAUAGAACAGUUCGAGGGCCAUAGCUGGAGAAUUACAGAAUUUAGUCACAUCUUCGGGUCUCCAAAUCUACAAUUAGAUGCCACCUCUAUGCCAAUAGGCUCUUUGGAUGCCAGAAAAAAAUGCCUUUAUUGUGAGCAACCAACAAAUGUAAACUCCUGGAGUUUGUUAAACGGCAUUGUUACUUUGAUUGGAACCGGUGCUAUGGUCAGAUUACAUGAAAAUACAGCUCUUUGGUCACGCACACCAAUAGUGGGUUUGGCGUCAAAAGAAUUUGAUGUUAUGGGGUUAUUUUGCUCCACUGGUCAUGGGGCCCUUUUAAGGUCAACGGCAUCAUGAACUUAGCCACAAACCUGGUUGUCUCUGCUAGAAGGCUGAAACUUUGCCGCAAGUAGAUCUUCCAGCAAGAUCAAUAACCUGUGAUUGGAGGAAUGGUCCCUGCCAAUGUGUUCUCCAGUCUCAUAAAGCCUUUUCGAAAAAGGCUCAGUGCCAUUAUACUCACAAUGGGAGGGUGGCGGAGUAUUGAAAACGGGUGCCAAUAUAUUUUUGUAUUAAUUGUUAAACAAAUCUCUUUCUCUGAGCAAUUUUAUAAUAUAAUUGUCCUUUUUUUUUGCAUACAUAAUAUAGAUCAGUAUUUAUAUUGUUAUGUUAUAGUCUUUUUCAAAUGUUGCAAGACAUUUUGGACCUGACUGUAAAUGUAAAUAUUAAAAUCCAGCUUUUUUUUCCCUAAAUCAGUUCUCAUAUUCUAUUCACAUUCUAUUCAUAUUCUCCUGGAUAUUAUUUUACCUUCCAAUGAAAUGAUCAUAAUAUAGUCGCAUGGAGGAGUGAGUUGUCCAUCAGUCUGUCUGUCUAUGUUCUAUGUACAGCCUUAAUAAAAUAAGCCAGAGCUUCAGACAUCCAGUACUACCCCCACCCUGGUUCCUCUCGCUCCCCAGCGCCCCUGCCUAGCCCAGGGACUCAGUGCUGUGUGGUCCCCCUCUACUCACCAACACCCAGAUCCUCCCCUUAACACAUAACAGAUUGUGAUUGGCAUCCCAAAAUCAGAUCACUUAGUAGACUGGUGAUCACCAGCCCUGGUCCUUGAUGGCUAUAGGGUAGUACAGGCUUUAGUUCCAGCCCAGCAAUAACACCCCUGACUCUACUUAUCAAGGUGUCUAUGAUUAUUGUUGAUGGCCAGUAGAUAUAGUACAUGCUGGUUUGGGAUUUAUGUCUGCUCACCCUGUGGGCCUAUAGAACGAUAGCUGGUGACUAACUGUAACUGUGUAACUCAAGAGUAUACACCCAGUUAGUAAGGAUAAAUCAAAUCCUAGCUGUAAACUAAGGACAGAGGCCUUGUUAAAACAGUGGUCAUAACCCUCCAUCACCCUCCUCUAUUGUCGUCUUUGUGAACCCCAAACCAAUAGCAACACCAUCACUGUCUGUCUGUGUAGACUCAAACACCCAUCCUAAACCCAUAUACCAACGGAAACCCAACAAACAACUUGACUUUAGCUUAAUCUAAUAAACUUAACCAAAGCUGAACCUAACCAAGGAUAGUGACAUUGCGUACAUGCAGUGUGUAGAUUCCACCGGUACAGGCCGCCCACGGUAGCACUGUCUCACAGAGACAUGGCUGCAGUUACAGCACUGAACUGCACAGUCACACAUUACACAGCAUUACACAGUCAUUCUCUACUCAGAUAACUAAGAUGCAUGCAUAGGCGGGAUUGGAGAGUUUUGGGGGGGGGUGCCGACCCCCCAAGCCUCCUAUAAUCUCGCCCAUCACUAUGUGACAUAAUCAUCAAUUAUGACCAUUAUGUUUGAAACCCAUAACAUAGAUCACUGAUUUGACAGUGUUGGAUAGGUUAAAGCUCUUCCAUGUCCAAUCCAGUCAUUUCAGAUCUUUUAAAAUCAAGCCAGGAAGAAAGAAGAAAUGCGUGUUAAAAAGCAUUCCAACGGACGUGUCUCGUCGUCAUAACCAGGGUUGGGGUCAAUUCCAUUUCAACUCCUUUCAGGGGAUGAAUUGAACUUUUUUAUUUGAAUUGUACAAUUCUCAUCGACAGCAAUAGAAAUGAAAACUUCAAUUCAUCGCAAUGAACUGAAGUAAAGUCGAAUUGAUCUCCAACACUGAAGUGGCAUCAUCCAUGUCAAUCCCCUCCCAUCACCAUCACCAAAGUAGAGUUAAGGCUUAACAAUCUCCAUCUCCCCUGCGCUCUGCUCACCAUACUGUGUGUGUAGACACUCCGUAGUCGUUUUACUGCAUGAUGUGUGUGUGAUGCUUUCACA